GGAUACCGGCGGAACCCGGUCAGUCUGAACACCUGCGGACGGGACUGGACUGUAGAAAAGUUUAUCACCCCAACAACUCUGGAUUAGGUCAACUUUUAACCGUAACAACGUUGUCUGUUUGUAAAAGCUCAGCACUCUUCCUUGUGAAAAAUUGAGGACUUGUCUUUGUCAUCUUUCGAGCACGUUUCUUAUCUUCUAAGAACAUGUUGGGUCGACUGCAAGUGCAAGCUGACAUGGGAGGCUCCAGCUGGUCGUUGCGCUCGGACGUGUCGGACUCGGGCCGGCGGCUGGUGGCUGUUCAGAUGGUGGGGGUGGAGAAGCGGUACUCCCCGCGCAGGCACCAUGUGUAUAUUGUGUCGGAGCUGUGGUCUGACGGGUCCCGUCUGGUGGUCUACCGGUCCUACAGGCAGUUUCGCGCGCUACAUAAACAACUGAAGGAGAUGUUUCCUGUCGAGGCUGGCCAAUUCCGUGGGGAAGAGAGGGUGCUGCCUAAGUUCCCAAACAAACCGUCCAGUCCAGGUCUCGGAAGGAAGUUCUCCGUCGGGAGAUUCGCCUGUGUGCAGAAGGACCUACAAGAAUACUGUCAGGAUCUUCUGAGGCUGGACUCAAAGAUCGUGCUCUCUCCGCUGUUCCAAGGUUUUUUCGCACCAUCAGAUGACGACUUGAGGUCUUCCCAGAACAGUGAGAAGCGUCAGAAAACCGUCAUGAUUAUCCCCACCGAGGCCGCGGAGCCAGAGCAGCCGCGUUCACCAUGUGAUGUGGAGAUUUCUGCCCCGCUCUUUGAUUUGGACUCCUAUCGCGCAGUCGCAGACUACAAGGCCGUGUCCAAAGGUGAACUGAGUCUGACGGCGGGGGAAGUAUGUGACGUCAUCCACACCACACUUUCAGGUUGGUGGCUGGUGGAGAAUGCGUCAUGUGAACGUGGCUGGGUCCCGGCGUCUCACCUAGAGGCAGACACACCCUCUCCUACACCAAAACCGGGGACUCAGUCGGUAGGGAGUCCAGCCACACAACCUGGCCAUGAGACAGGAUCCAUGAGUGAAAGUGGAGGGGAAGCACCUAUCCAGCGGUAUGUCACAACCCGGCCCUACACGGCUACAGAAGACGACGAGCUCUCCUUCUGUGUAGGGGCAGUGCUGCAGGUCCUCCAGAGAACAGACGACGGUUGGUGGCAGGCAAGGUACAGCGGACAGGACGGGUUUGUUCCUGCCAUGUUUCUUCGGCCCUAUAACACGCCAUAUGUCCAUAUGGUAGCUGCUACAAGCAAGCUCUCUAUGGUGAAUCUGCUGACUGCCGAGAAACAACAGAGGUCUAAUAACAACAGUAGGAAAGGAUCGUGCAGUGACGUCAGCUGGAUGAGUUUACUGGGGGUACAGCUGUCACCUGGAAAAGGCAGUGCGGGGAGUGACAUCAGCAGCAUAGGCCUGACAGAUGAGGGUGUGCCAGAAGUGAAGAACAGUAUCGAAAGAGAUACCAAUAGGAAAGGCGACAACUUUGAGAGGGCGGACAUUCUCGCAAAACGAGAGUUUCAGCCAUCCAGCAAAUUUGACUUGCCUAAGAUAACCAUCAGCAUUGCUGACUCUGCUGCUGAUUGCCAAGCCCAUUCGGACACAAGGCAGGACACACCAAAUUCCCCAAGGAUCCCUCCUCGACCCUCAGAACAGGAAAUCAUACAGAGGUGUUCACCAUUGACCCAAAGAAGGUUGUUGUCAACACCAAGCACAGCUACAAGUGAUGAUGACUACACUUCUGUUGAGGGUGAGGCAUUGGGUGCCGUGUGGACUGGCCGUCAGAGAAAGGAUUCUGGCUUGGGCAUAGUAAACCUUAGUUUCGAGCCUUGUGAUUAUGACCAUAAUGAAGUCUGCCUGGACAGAGGUGAUAACACUUUCAGCUCAAUCACAAGCGUCCAGUCAGCUUUUAGUUUUUCCAAAAGUACAUGUUGGCUGGACCAAGAAAAAACUCAGGGAGAGCCAAGUCCAAACACUGUGGCAGCUACAAGCAAUGGUAGAGAGGAAGGUGUUAAGUUUGUCAGAAAUAACAGACUUUGGAUGACACUGAAACUGAAAAGAUGAGCAGUACAUGUUGGGAGUCUAGUAAUUCCAUUGAUACUUUUGACUAAAUGUUUCAUCUUGGAGUCAAUUAAAUUUUGGGCGAAGAUUCCCCUUGCAUGGUCAUAUCCACUAGUUUACAUUACAAACAAUAUGUUUCAAUAAUAUAAUUACAAAGAAACACCAGACUAAAGGCAGUUUUCAAGAGUCAAAGGUUUAUUGACAUAGAUCUGUACUGAAGUGAUCCAUCAGGGUCCUACUGAGGAGGUGCUCCCCUGCCACGCCCAAAUCCGCCUCUCUGUCAACAG